UUCGUGUCUCGCGCUUGACACUGUGUGUAUGUGGCUGCUGUCUUUUGCAAAGGAAUGUCGCUAUAUCUCUGCUGGGAUGGAGGACUGACAGAUGUUUAGAGAAAAAGAUGCGGGGACUGCACUAUCUUACAUUAUUAAAUGACCAUGAUGCUCCAAAAAACCUAGUCAUUACCUCCACCUCUGACUGGCGCCCGAGAAUAUCCAGUCAUAUCCAAGAGAACUUCUGCUCAAUUCAGGGACGCUGUUGAGUCGAUUUAGGCUUUGUACGUGCUUCGCGGCAUGGACCCUUAACCUCCUCAUCUUCCACGACACGCUGUUGCACCCCCCCCCCCCUCUCCAGUUGUUGUGCGACGACACCGCCAGGUGAAGACGCUGCCGCACAAACCCGCGACACACAACGCACAGUCAACGAUGUUCUCAGCACUCAAGAAGCUGGUGGGGUCGGAGCCGGGGCAGCUCAGGGACAAGAACAUUCCGGCUGGCCUGCAGUCCAUGAACCAAAGUUUGCAGAGACGCUUCGCCAAAGGAGUCCAGUAUAACAUGAAAAUAGUCAUCCGGGGGGACAGAAACACCGGCAAAAGUACUUUAUGGCAUCGACUACAAGGCAAGAAGUUUGUGGAGGAGUACCUGCCCACUCAAGAGAUCCAAGCCACGAGUAUCCACUGGAACUACAAAAUGGCGCCAUAUCAAGCUACCGAUGAUGUGGUCAAGGUAGAGGUGUGGGACGUGGUGGACAAAGGCCAAAAAUAUCCUCUUCCAGAAGGUGUAGGCAAAGGCAAAAGGCGUGGAGAGAAUUUGAAACUGGAGAAUGAGCCUCAAGAGUCGGACGAGGUGGCCCUGGAUGCAGAGUUCUUGGAUGUGUACAAGAACUGUAAUGGAAUCAUCAUGAUGUUUGACAUCACCAAGCAGUGGACUUUUAACUACAUCCUGAGGGAGCUGCCCAAAGUGCCCACCCACGUGCCUGUGUGCGUGCUGGGCAACCACAGGGACAUGGGCGAGCACCGCGUCAUCCUCCCCGACGACAUCAGGGACCUGAUCGCAGGACUGAACAGACCGAUGGGAGCGUCUUACAUCCACUACGCCGAGGCCUCAAUGAGGAACGGCUUUGGUCUAAAAUAUCUGCACAGGUUUUUCAACAUCCCCUUCCUGCAGCUACAGCGAGAGACCCUCCUGAGGCAGCUGGAGACAAAUCAGCUGGACAUGGAUGCCACCCUGGAGGAGCUGGGUGUCCAGCAGGAGACUGAAGAUCAGAACUAUGAGAUAUUCCUGGAGAACUUGGAGUCUCGCAGUAAGGGCUUCGGCUCUCCCGGCCCGGCUAACGGUCAGAGUCCUGACUCGGGCUCCCAGUCGCCCAUUGUCCCCCCCAGCGGGGCCUCCACGGGCAGCUCCAGCCCCGGCACCCCUCAGCCGCCAGCCCCCUCCCAAGCGCUCCCUCAGUCGCCCUCCGUGUCCGCCCCCUCCCCUCCACCCCCGCCCCCGGCGACGCCCGCCAGCGCGGCGAGCUCCCCCGCCGUUGAGUCGAAGCCGCCGGCCCAGUCGCCCGAACACCUUCAGGCCUCGGGGGGGUCCGCCCCCCAGAAACGAGGCUUCAUGUCCCGCUGGUUUGGUGCACCUCCUGCUGCUGAGGCUCCUGCUUCUGCGUCAGACGAGCCGCCCGCUCCGAGGGGUCCCGCUAAGGUUCACAGUGUGGACGAUUUUGUGCCAGAUGAGAGGCUGGACAGGAGCUUCCUGGAGGACAGCUUGCCCUCCAGGAAGGUGGCUCAGCCGGCAGCAGCUGUGGACAGCGACAGUGACGGCGAGGACAGAGGCAACCCUAUGGUGUCCGGUUUCCAGGACGAGCUGGACAUCGAUGACACAGAGCCUUGCCUCCCCAGGCCGAAGACCCUGCCCCCCAGCAAAGACGUCACUCUGACCAGUGACGAGGACGAGGGGGUACCGACGGCCCCCGCUGUCACGAAGAGCCAAGAGCUGGACAGCGAACCUGAGCUGAAACCGCCCAUGAGCCACAUCAAGAAAUCGAAGGUGGCAUCCAAACCUCCGGAGCUCCGAGGCCAAAGCGCCGCCCUCGUCUCUCUCACUCUAACCCCGGCGGCCGAGCAGCCCCCACUAGGCCAGGACAAAAAGAAGGGAAGCCCGCUGAGGGCCGAGGACUCUGAUACGGACCCCGAGGCCCCCGCGGCCCAGCAGAUGCUCUCGUACGUCAUGGACGACCCCGACUUUGAGUCCGAAGCGUCGGACACGCCGAAAGUAGUGAAGGACAUAUUUCCAGUCCGAGACGAGCUUCUGUCCGACAUCUCCGACGACGACACUCAGUUGGCCACGGCGCUGGAGCCCCUGAAGCCCACCGUGAUCUCCUUCAAACACAAGGACGACGCCGACCUGUUUGGCCUCGGCCUCCAGGAAGAGGCUCCCACCGCCAAGGACAGCAGCGAGGAGCAGGAAGACAAGGAAAGCAAACACUCCUCCAAAGACAAGAAGAAAAAGAAGAAGAAACCCAAAGAGGAAGACGAAAAGAACAAGAAGAAACACAAACACAAAAAAAAGGAAAAAGACGAACCGGCAGCAGGAGACGAGAAAAAGAAGAAGAAGUCCCGCACCAAGAAGACGGAGGUGGACGAGCUGGAGGACUUUCUGGGCGGAGGAGCAGCGACCGUCAAGAGGGAUGACGGGGAUUAUGAAGAACUUUAAAAGAAAAGAAAAUACUCCUGUCUCCUGGACUUGUCAGGGCAUAAAGCAUCUCCAAGCCACACGCAAUACGCACAGGGCACGAACCACACCCAGGUAACAUCCCCCAGGACUCUGGUACCUGAACGUUACUUCUAAAUUACCCCCUCCCCCCACAUCUGCACUACUGCGCCCACUUCCAACCCGUAGACAAAUUCAACAUUUCCCCACGGCUGCCGUGGCCACAGAUUGGCCCGACCUGUCGUCUUUGGCUCUAUAAGAGCCGGGCCUGUAAAUAGAAUCCCUGUUUGGGUCUGAGUCGCUCUGUUUGGUGUACUGUCUGAGAGCAUGCUUACUCUUCAGAGACUCCCAUCGUGUUUGUCUUUUCUUGCUUCCCUGCAUAAAGCCGUCUCGCAAUUGCAGAUUGGAUGUCAUGUUUCUAAAUGGUGAAAUACUGAUUCUGUCGGUUUGACCAACUCAUUUCGCUCGCUGUCGGGGUACGUUUACUCUGAGUCGGGUUCAUUUGAGAAAAAUGUUUUGCUGUGCUUGGGCCUCCGUCCGCCUUCACACACACACACACACACACACACACACACACACACACACACACACACACACACACAGAAUGACUAAACCAGAAUUAGAAGAAUUACCUGCAAAUAUCCCAGUUGGCAAAUACAAACUACGAGAAUCCUACAAACCCCAGAGCCCAGUAUAAAGUCAUUUACUGUAAGAUAUUUAUAUUGUUUCUUUUGAAUGAAAUGGACAGAGGGAAUUAGAGAAAAACGGUCACACAGAGUAUAUGUCUAGAGCUUUUAUUGUGAAAGGUCGGGCUCCGUCCGUCCCAGCAGAUGUAGACAGUGCGGGACAGAUUUUUUGAGAGGGUGAGUCAUCGGGAUCCAGAUGUUGUAGAAUUUCAAAGUGGAAGACAAACUCCUCAGGGGGGGAUCAACGAUGAGUCCGAGACAACGUAUGAUGCUACAGGAAUAAACAUUGUGUCAUCUGAUCCCGGAAGGACAAGUUUCCACAAAACUGUUAGUGAGCCGGCUUCGUGUGUGUGUGUGCAACCCGUCACAAGGCAUCAGCCCCUCCUCCCAUUGAGUCCAUGCGUUGUAUGAUGAGCGGAUCAUGUGAUCAUCGUGGCCCCGAAUUCACGCGCUACUCGUCAUAGAUCAACAAACGAAACUCUCCCCCACACACACACACACACAUUGUCAUAAUGUUUCCUGCAUCUGCCUUAAGGGAGGUUUGUAAACCAUUGUUUAAGUGUUCUUACUGUCAAGUGUCCACUGGCCUUCUCCACGUCUCUGAAGCCCCAUUAGCAGAUUGCAGUGAAUCAGUUAAACCGUUUGUCUUGUUUUGUUUCUUUUUUUUUCCCCUUUUUGAUUGUGGUCAGACCUCAGACACAUCGUCCUGCUAAGGGCGGCUUACGGAUCGUUGUGAGUAUUUCCCUGCGAGAUGUCCCCUUUCGAUGUAUCCUUGUGUUUAUUUAUUGCGUCUGUUUUUUGAGUUCGGGGACUCGUUUAGCGUGAGUUUGUGCCGUAAACGCUCGCAACUUCCCACGGAUCACAGCGGUUUAAGUCUUCCACGGACGGCCUGCUGGUUCGCUUCCACUGCUUUCUAAGACACGCAGUAUAGUACAGACCGUUAGUAUCUUCCUUGAGUCAGCACUUUUCUUUUUGUUUUUCAAAACCACUGAAGCAUUGUUGCAUCCAAGGGAAAAAUAACUAUUUUUAGACAUUUCCUAUGUUCUCCAUGCCCCAUUCAUGAGUGGUUUACAGAGAUAUUGUGUUUGAUAUUCAAAGUUGAAACUAUGCAGCAUUGAUCCUAAAUACUGUGUGCGCUUUCUCUCUUUUUCUUUUGUCAUGUGAUUGAGGAAAAAUGCUGAAAGCGCAGUUUCAACCAAGGCAUGAGACUUAAAUGUAUUGCAAGAAAAGAAUGUACAAAGUAUUUAUAGAUAACAUUCAUAUAUCUGAAGAGCUUUGUUCCAAACGAUGUCCCUGAAAUGCUACGAGAUGAUUAAAUCGAGGGAGAUCUAGCAGGUGGGUGAGACCUUCUGCUGUCACCAAUACUAACGAUGGAGAUUUAUUUACAGGUAUCUUGUUUUUCUAAAUGGAUGAAGGGCAUUCUGGAAUAAAACCCUUCAUUUGCUUUUCACUCCAUUCCAUGUUCCAUCUUUACACUGUGUUUGGUUUAUCCAAUAAAUGCAAACAUAUUUCUUCACAAGGAU